CCACAAGUCCGUCCAGUGUGAGGCUUUUUCCCGCGUCCAGCCGGCAGUGUGCGACGGCGCUGCCAGGCGAGGCUGCCACAGUGAAGGCCAGUUCAGUGUCGGACGCGGCGAGAGUGUUAUCACAGUUCUCGUGGUGGUGUCGCGCGCUGCAUACUUAGUACGCGUUCCCAUAAGUCUUCCCGCUACUGCGCCGCAAGGUUCCACGAUACGGAAAAUUGUUAGACAGCUUUACAACUGAGUAAGGAAUCGAUGCCGUGUUUUAUGUGGUAUCUAGCCCAUCAUAAUACAAGUCAAACCAAGCACAACGCACGAGACGCAAACAAUCACUUGACUGCACCACCAAAGGGAGCACGCAGGCAUACUUAACGUGAAUGUGGUGCGAGUGUGGUGCAAUAACGACACACCAGACCACCACAAGCACCGCUCCUACCACCUCCAGCCUGCCGUUCCCGCUAGUGCUGCACGAACACAGUGCCGGGAGGACUUAAAGAACACGGUAAUAAGCGGCCUAGACCGAACUUACAGUGAAUGGUGUACCGGGAAGCAAGUUAAACAUGAUCCUAGACUACCUGUGAAUCUGUGAACCUGAACAAGAGGGGCUUUGAAGACGUGAACUUGAGAAUGGACCUCUUCCUCCCCUCACUCCCUUCCCUUCUCGCUAGAAAAGGAGAAUAAGAGGACUUGUUAUUUCCCCUUCCUUUCCCUCUCACUUCUUUACUUUCACACCAGAAAAAGAGAAAUAUUAAGACUUGAAACUUCAACUUCCUUCCCUCAUCCACCUUCCCUUCACACCAAAAGAGGGGAAUAAGGACUUCAAAUUCCCCCUCGCUUCCCCUUACUUCCUUUCCCUCGCAGCAGAAGGGUAUGAGAGGAGAUUAGAGAACCUGAAUUUGUCUCUCUUCCCCUCAGCCCUUCCCUCUCACACCAGAAAGGGCACAGGAGCGGAUUAGAGAAACUGAACUUCGCCCCUCCUUUCUCUCCAGUCUUUCCCUCUUUCACCGUCUCUAUCAUGAGCCUGAGAGACGCAUGGCACCUGAGGGAGUCGAUUCGCUGAGGCUUAGAGCAACACACCGUGGGGGAGAUGAAGGUGGCGGCGUGGGAGCACCUGGUGGCCGCCGCGCUGUGUUGUCUCCUCUUGCACUCCCCAGCAGCAGUGGACGGCGGGACGGAGGCUGAGAUCAUCAGGGCGCUGGAGGAGACGCAGAAGGAGGUGGCGUGGAAGUACAUCCCCUUGAGUGGGCCGAGCUUCGACCUGAAUAGCAUCAAGAAUGUUACGGUGCAGCUGGACAAGACGGCGGUGCUCAACUGUCGCAUCAAGUACCUGGGCGGCAAGACGGUGUCUUGGAUGAGGACGCGGGACCUUCACCUGCUGACGGUGGGCCGCUUCACCUACACCUCAGACGCACGCUUCAAGUCCAUCCACCAGCCCGGCUCGGAGGAUUGGCUGCUCAAGAUUCACUACACGCAACACAGGGACGCCGGGUCUUACGAGUGCCAGAUCUCCACCACGCCGCCACUCUCCACGGUCAUCUGGCUCUCUGUUGUGGAACCAGAGACGCGAGUGUUAGGCGGGCCCGACCUCCACGUCAAUUCAGGUUCCACCAUCAACCUGACCUGCAUCGUGAACCACAGCCCGGAUCCGCCGCCCUUCAUCUUCUGGUACCACGAGAGUGAGCUUCUCUCCUACGACUCCCCCCGCGGCGGCAUCACGGUAGUCACGGAACACGGCCCUAUCUCCUCCUCGCGGCUCCUCAUUCAGCGCGCAACCCCAAAGGACGCCGGCCGUUACACCUGCCACCCCGCCAACUCAGAGCCGGACCACAUCGUCGUGCACAUCAUACACAACGAGCACCCGGCGGCAAUCCACCACAAGAAUGGUACCUCCGCGUCACCUUCCUGUCACACCUGCCCCGGCUGCCUCCCCGCCCACUCCCUCCUCCUCGCCCUCUCCCUCGCCCUCGUGCUGCUCCUCUCCACUCAGGACGGCGGGCAGGUGAAGGGUGACUCCGUGUCGCGCACAGCCCCCCGCCCGCCAAUCGAGGAAGUCAGUAGCGCACUCACGCCCGACAAGAAAAACGUUGGGGAGGUGAGUGGACGCGCUGGGCCUCUCCGACAAUAGUGAGCUUCUCCAGGCAGACUGACGCACGCCCAGGGGAAAAGUGAGCCGUGGGGUUGGACAUGAACUAGAUGUGCCUUGCCGAUUCCUCCAAAGCGUGUAAGGAACUCGAAAGAGAGACGGACAAGGUGGUGGCUGUGUGGUUAAGAGGAAUGGACUUAUGUAUGCAUGUACUGUACAGCACGAUGUGUUUACCUACAGGACCAACUAUAAACUAUGUUACCGGUGUUAGCAAGUCUUCGGCGUGUCAUCUAGUCCCCAUCCUGCUCUCCUCAUCCCGCUCCCCAUACCAGCACUCAUGUCGCUCAGUGUGCCCUUCCACAAAACCCUCGCGAGAUGGUUCGCCAAAGAAAUUUAGGUUUGUUCUUUCACGGGAGAGUUUCAGCCACCUCAGCUCAUCAGGUCACCACACUGACACACCCUGAUGGGAGACGGAGAGAGAGAGAGAGAGAGAGAGAGAGAGAGAGAGAGAGAGAGAGAGAGAGAGAGAGAGAGAGAGAGAGAGAGAGAGAGAGAGAGAGAGAGAGAGAGAGAGAGAGAGAGAGAGAGAGAGAGAGAGAAAGAGUGUGCGUGUGUUUGUGUGAGACAGAGAGCUACCUUAUGAGCCCCCAGACAAGGCUUGCUGGAAUCCCGGGUGUCAGCAAGUACUAUACGAACAUCUUCCCCGACUGAGAGACUGCCGGUGUGUGUUUGAACUCCGGGCACACGGCACAAGGUCCUGGAAAUGUACAUAGAGAUGACUGGAAGCGUAACACCGGCCAGUCUUCUGUUUCGCUGCCACCGCGACAAAGCAGCAGAACAGACCAGCACUCGCCAUGAGCCGCGGCAGCACAGCACUCCUGUCCGUCAAAAUCAGUCAUCAAUCACUUACGCUAGAAGGAAUCCACAGCGAACUCUGGCGUAAAGUGCAUUUAAACCCCCAGGAGGUCAAGCGCACGGGCGAGAGGUGCAAGACGCUGGAGUCAUCAUAAACCUGCCGCCUCAACCACUCCAUCUCAGUAGGUCACGGUGAGCCGCACUCGCAGCGUCAAUAACCCGUCGGUAAUCUUUCCUCGGUGUCUGAUAGAUGGCCGUCGAGUGAGCUCCGUGUCCCAAUAAAUCUCGAUAAGCCAGUGCGUGUCUCUGGGAAUCGCGCCGUGAUGAAUCUGGUGUGAGAUCGCCCCGCCCGGAACAGUGUGUGAGGGGCCCGCCAGGUGACGCGAUCCACCCCCCACUCACCGCCUCUCCGGUCAUCCAGUGUGUGUCUAUCAGGUGUUUCAUGUUGUCUCGGCCCCGCCCCGAGAUGGUAAACCUAAAUGUUGUUCGUAAUACUACUAAUGAUACUAUUAAUGAUGAUGAUGAUACUAAUAAAUAAUAAUGAUAAUAAUAAUGAUACUAAUAUAAUAAUGUGUGGUUGUGGAA